AUGGCCAACAACAGUCAAGAACCAUUGAUGGUAUUUAUCUUGGACAAUGAGAAUCUUUGUAAUGAAAAGAUUGAUCAAGAUGAAAUUGAUGCUUUACUUGAAGAAGCGGAAGAAUUUAUUGAAAACUAUGAUGAUGAGCACACCAAAAAUGUUGAACAACAGCCAGAAGACAGGAGUGUUGCAAGUAUUUAUGAACAACUGAGACGGAGAGAUGAUGAUGAAAAAUCCGAUCAAGAUCCCAAUCCAAAUGACAAAUAUCAGAAUGAUGAGGAUUUAAAUGAAAAGAUUCAAGAAAUUGAAGAAGACAUUCAAAAAGACAAAGAAGAUGUCAAAUCACUUAACGAUAAAGAACAAAUCGAGGAAACACGCGAAACAUAUGAGGAAAAUGACAAUUUAAUCGAUCGAAUUCAAGAUGAAGUCAAAGAAUGUGAAAAUCAAGUCAAUGAUGUUCGCGAAUUUGUGGCAAAUCUGGAUGAUAAUGAGAAUGAAAAUGAUGAAUCUGACGAUAAUUCGGACAAAUCAAGUGACGAUGAUAAUUAUGAAAAUGAUAAAGUGAAUAAAGAGGACAUAUUCAGUCCAAGGAAAACCAGGAGUGGUAAAUCUUAUGUUCAAGAUGGAAUGAAAAUGAGACCAACCAAACGUAAUAAUCAAGAUCGAUCAAGGUAUAAUCAACAAUACCUAAAUCGAAAGAACCAAAGUGCAAUUUGUUAA